UCCUGAGACAGGGAUGGAACCCACACCACAGCUGUGACCUGAGCCACAGCAGUGACAACACCAAGGAACUUGCUGAACAACCAGGGAACUCUGAGAGUGUGUCUUAAAGACAACCACAGACUGAGCGUCAGCCUCCGAACCCGGAGAGACCCUAACCCCAACAGGCACUAGAAAAGCUGGGGUCUGAAAGGUCUGUGGGAGCCUGGCAGUUCUGGUUGAGAACUGGUCAGGAGCCAUGUCUGGUCAGCAUCAUCAGCUCUGGAAAUGAAGAGCCAUUGCACCUGUGUUCUGAGUGGGCUUCACACUGAGGGUAAAGGGACCCCUGGGGAGAUAUGUAUGUGGAGAAUUAGAGCAGAAAGAGGCUGGAGUCAGAAUCACCAGAAGUACUUAGUCUUUUUCUUUGCUGCCAUCACCAUUUCAGUGCCCUUUCUUAAGUCCCUUCUCCUCUCUGAGCCAUGACUGACUGAUGUCUCUACCCUUUCAUAGACCCUGGACUUGCGAUGCAGAAGCCUCGUCUCUUGGUUCCUGCCAUGGCCACUCCAAAUGGAACUCUGGUCCACCCAGCAUACUUCCUGCUGGUGGGCAUCCCCGGCCUGGGACCUGAUGUACACUUUUGGCUGGCUUUCCCACUGUGUUUUCUGUAUGCCUUGGCCACCCUGGGCAACCUGUCCAUUGUCCUCAUCAUCCGCGUGGAAAGGCGCCUACAUGAGCCCAUGUACCUCUUCCUGGCCAUGCUUUCCACCAAUGACCUAGUCCUCUCCUCUGUCACCAUGCCCAAGAUGGCCCGCCUCUUCCUGACGGGCUUCCAGGAGAUCGAGUUCAAUGUCUGUCUGGCCCAGAUGUUCCUUAUCCAUGCCCUGUCGGCCAUGGAGUCAGCGGUACUGCUGGCCAUGGCGUUUGACCGCUUUGUGGCCAUCUGCCACCCACUGCGGCAUGCCUCUGUGCUCACAGGGCCUAGGGUCGCCAAGAUCGGACUGGCUGCCCUGACCAGAGGGUUUGUAUUCUUCUUCCCCCUGCCCUUCAUCUUGAAACGGCUGUCGUAUUGCCAAACACGUACUGUCACACACUCCUUCUGUCUGCACCAAGAUAUCAUGAAGCUGUCCUGUACCGACACCACGGUCAGCGUGGUGUACGGGCUCUUCAUCAUCCUCUCGGUCAUGGGCGUUGACUCCCUCUUCAUUGGCUUCUCCUACAUCCUCAUCCUGAGAGCCGUGCUGGAGCUCUCCGCUCAGGGGGCGGCCAAGGCUUUCCACACCUGCAUCUCCCAUCUCUGUGCUGUGCUGGUCUUCUAUGUGCCCCUCAUCGGGCUCUCGGUGGUGCACAGGCUGGGGGGCCCCACCUCCCUGCUGCACGUGAUUAUGGCUAAUAUCUAUCUACUACUCCCACCCGUGGUUAACCCUCUAGUCUACGGAGCCAAAACCAAGGAGAUUCGCUCACGGGUCCUUCAGGUAUUUUCAAAGGAUGGCGGGUGAGCAGGUUAACCUCCCCGGGGUCCUCAGUCUUUAUCAAAGACAGCAGGAUUCAGUCCUGUUGAAUGUCUUGGUGAUUGGAACAUCCAACCCACUGGGCAGUCUGCUCCCAGUUAUCUAAAUAGACCUUGGAUAUCUGUCUCCAGGAAUGUGUCAGUAAGAACUUACGGCCUGGCUCGGGCAGGACAUGCUGGAGAAUGAUCAACUUAGUCUCUCUGCUGUGGUGGCCUGCCUUUUUCUCUCUCCCAGCUAGAAAACACGUGUAAUUUUGACAUGAGAAGGCUGUAAAGGCCAUACCUCACGAUUCAUUCCAGUUUUGAUCUAUGAUUUUAAUUAUUUUGCUCCCAUGUAUCCAUGUCAGUGAAUCUGCGUUGGCUAUAAAGAUUCUUUCUUGGACCUCAAAGUGGUUACAAAGUCAUUUUUAGAGGUUAAUGAAGGCAUUUGGAUGAUAAUUGGAGGGAAGGCAAAGACAGUAGGGAGAGAGGAGACAGCUCAUGUGAAGUGGUUACAUUUCUAUAUGCACAGCGGUGUAUUCUGUAUGUAUGUUGCAUGCAUGCAGAAUCUGCCAACGUGCAUCUCUGUGGAUCUACUGGAAACUGUUUUCCAUAAGGGUGAUGUUUAUCCUGGUUGUAACUCUGAGUAUAUAGGUAUGUUUAUGUGACUAUAUGUGAUUGUGUGUGUGUGUAUGUGUGUGUGUGUGCAUAGAAUAUGUGCCAAUUCUGUUUUGGUCUAUAUGGUAGCAGCAUCCUGGCGUGUAUAUAUUUCAUGAGUAGUAUCUCUGACUGUACAUUUAUUGAGUUUAUGUGGCUUCUGUUAGUUGGUAUGUGACACGCAUCUAUGUUAGAAUGCUGCCUCUUUUUGCCUUCAUAUUUGGAAUAUGUAAAUGUUGAAUGUAAUAUGUAAGAUAUAGCAACGCAUAUGCAGUAAAAUAUGUAAUAUGUAUAAUGUAAAAUAUAACAUAAAAUGUUACAUAUUUGAAACAAGGUAGAAUAUAUGACAGGCAUGAGUGUGUGGAAUGUGUACUGUUGGGAUGGCUGUGCCUUUUGGCAUGUAUGCUGUUUAUCUUUGGCCAUGUCUGAUAUGUAUAGUAUUUGUGAUAAGAAAUCCUUUCAUGUAGUGCAUAUGUCUUUAGUCCUUUGUAGGUGGAAUAUAACGUCUGAAGGAUCAGUGUGUGCAGGUGUGUGUGUGUGUGUGUGUGUGUGUGCAUUGUGAUUAUUGUGUUUUAGAGCCUAUUGCCUUUGUGCAGUGGGUGUGGAUUACAUGGCAAAAGAGUGGGUGCAACUUGUGUGUCUCUGGGCACUGAUUGAUGAGUGUCUUUGUAUAUUCGGGGUGGGGGCAGGAAAGUGAAGACGUCUUGACUGUAUCAGAAGUAAUUUCCAGAUUUGGGAGCGAUGACUCACAGAGGCCCAGUUCUUGGCCUGGGUUCAUCCAGGAAUUAUGGCUCAGUCUCUGAGGGGGACAGGAAUGCACAGUCCUUCCUCUCCCUCUUCUCAGUAACCAGGUCACAGCUUCUUACUCCUGGCCGCUGGGCAUUCAGGUGCUUCUGUGACUUCUUACCAUCUUUUCUCCCACCCUUCCAGAGGUACUGACCUUCCCAAACUCCUGGCCUCGCGCGUCAGUAGCAGAUCACAGCAUCUUCCCUUCUCCCUUCCCUCUGUUGCUAAUCUGCCAAACACUUGCAAGAGUCCUUGAUUGCAGGGACUUUCUUUUAAUCCCUUUGGGGACUCAGUGAACAAGGGUGGGGGUUGGGAAUGGAGGAGACCCACAUGAGACAUUGCAAAGGCUCUGGCACCUGCCAGGGGCCUCUCCCUCUAGGUGCAUUCACAACUCCCAUCCUUUAGAACCUGUUACGUCAAAAACAUUCGCCUUGGAGAAUUAUAGGUAGAAAACCACGUACAUUCACUUGAGGCAGAGGAAAGAAUACUGAACUAGGACUUGUAAGGUUGAAGUCCUAGAAAUAUCAUAAAGUGGCAUGCUGCAUAACCUCUUUGGAUCUCAUUUCCUCUUCUGUAUGAUGAGAAACUACAAGAGCAGUGAUGUCAUAAAGCUUAAACACCAUGCAUGGCCUUUCCAAACUCAGAGUGGUGUAAAGUGCCAUCAGGGAUCACGCUUUGGGGAAACGCAGUCCACAUCACGGCCCAUUUGAGUGAUGCUCCCAGACUCCGCAGCGCGUCCCCAGUUUGGCCCGGGUGGCUGUCCUGACAUAUUGUUAUUAAUUAAAACAACGCUUUAUCUCUGAAUACAUUGUUGUCACAAAGCUUCAGAGAACUUUAGAUUUGUUUUCCUGUGCUGGUGUCUGAUCGACAAAGGAUGUUCAGAUUUAUAAAUGAAAUUCAAGGAAAGCAAGACCUUGCCAAGAAAUUCCUUCAGACAUAGCUGAUAACUAUAUCUGGAAAAGAGACACUGUAGGAUUGAAAUUAGAAACAAUAUAGCCUUGGAUCACUAGCUUUCAUAUUUGGGCAAGUUAGCCUACUGCGCCUCAGUAAUUUUCAAAACUGUAAGUGCUAUGACAAGGAAAUAGAAUAUAGCUCUUUUUGGUUGGUUUUGGGUAUUAACGUAGGAUAAUAGGUGUGAAAACACAUGGAAAAUAGAAAGCAGUCCAUGAAGGUUGAUGGCAAUGGCUUUAAAUAAUAAAACUCAUGAAGUAAGAUAUGUUUAUUCCAUUACAGGCAAUAAUAUUCAACAUACAACAGAUUUCACCUUUGAUAAUGACCUACGUGCCGAGGCCAGAAGCUAGUCCAGAUCGGGUGUCACUGAUUUUAGACUAACUCACAGGGAUCUUGAGAUAUCCUUGAGUCCUUUAGAAUCGCUUUACUUGGUAACUGUAACUGGGGUAACUAGCUGGCUAAUUGUCAGACAAGACUAAGGGCUUCCCCUGGACUCCUGCAGGUUCUGUACUUCCUCCUAUCAUAUGCCUUAAAGCUCUGCUUCCAACGAGAGCUGUAAUCAUUUUACGAUAGCUGUCUGUUUAUCUUUCAUUCUAGAAUGAAAUGUUCAUAUACACAGUUGUCCUAGAGGACAAGGAUCAGGUUUCUUUGUCUCCGGGGCCUGAUGAAUAUUGUGCUCCAUGGUUGUUUGGCUGGGGCCUCGCAGAGACCGGCGGCUGUGUGGGCUCCGGUUCAUUUAAGAUAAGCACAUUCACUUCUCUGCCCCCUCCACUCUAGUCUUUUGUUUCUGUCUCUAUAAAUUAUCGUCCUUGGUUUGACCUGUGCCAUCUUAUAAAGUCCACAAAGUACUUUCCCUACCCAUUCAUGAUCAACUAUGAUCUAAAACAAACACUCGACUAUAGAUAAUAUUUGGUUAAUCAUUCCUCACUAUGGAGGCAGGAGCCUUCUGUAUUCUCUACCCAACGACCUGUGACUCUUGCUUUCCAGUCUGGCAGGUGGGCACAGUCCCUGUCCUCAGUCCUGUGUGCACCUUGGGUGGUGCUGCCUCUCAUCCAUCCAGGUGGCUCUUUCUCCAGCUCGAGGUGGCUUGUUCUGCAUGUCCUGCUUGGUACUCGGCUGACGUCUUGCGGACUGCCCUUGCAUGUCUCUGGAGCUCCCUCUGUGUGGAUCGCUCAGCUGCAAUCCUCUGCCGGCAAAUUGCUGGCGCUUCCCCCCCUCUCGGCUUCACAUCCGUCACUCAGAGUGAUCUCCAGACUCAGCCUGGGUUCUCCUUCCCUGGGCGGCAGCACGGAAACUCUCUCAGGGCAGUAAGCGGGGGAAACCCCAGUUUUGCCUUAUUUGUUCCCCGCACUUCAGGGCUCAUUGUCCUUCAUUGCCUGAUAUCUAGUAUCUGGCAAAUCAUGGUUCUUCAUGUAUAUUUUCUAGCUUAAAAUUUUUUUUCAGGUGGCUGUUACUUCCUGUUAUCCCAUCUUGGCUAAAAGUAGAAGACCUUGGGAGCUUAUUUAUUUAUUUAUUCAUCUAGCUUCACAGCCUCUAAGUCUGUGGGAGGCUGAGGCAGAGACGGCACAUGGAUGCUGGCAGUGAGGGGUCAGGCUGCAGGUGCACAGGUACUUGGAGGUCUUGUAAUCACUGGCUUUGUGGUCUGAGUUGGAAUGACCUGAUUUGACAUUGUCUAAUUUUGCAGAGCUUCAAUCCGCAUGCCCUGCGUUGUGAAUAGAAUACUUGAGUUGUGAAAUGCAUCAAAAAAAAAAAUUGUAAGGAGAAACCAACUAAAAUGUGCUUGGCUUUAUUCAUAGAUUUGGGAGCAUAUUUAAAUAUGUAAGAUACUGAGUUUCACAUUCAAACUGUCCUCUAACUCACCAAAAUGCUUUCUAACUAUUUUUGCCCUUAAGAGAGAAACCAGAUGGCACUGGUCUAUGUGGCUGGUGCUGGAGGUGGCGGGGGGUUGGGGAAACCACAUCCUCCUUCCUCAGCAAGAGUCAGAAACUCAGGGUCAGGGAGUGGAAGGCAGGGACCUGGUCCCCAGGGAUCCCUGUUAUGAGUUAGCUAGAAACAGGCCCCAGAGCCUGGGGGACAAAGAAGAUGCAGCCCUAGAGCUCUGGGGAAAGGCAGAUGGUUCCACCGGGAUCCAGGCUUAGCAAGGACCAGGCAGGCCCCACCCACGCGUGGAGAGAAGGCAGAGGCCGGAGAAAGCUCAGGAAGGGGUGAGCUGGUACCUAAACACGGGCUCCCCGGAAAGCAUAGCCUGCUUGUCCUCCGAGUUUGACAAGCCUGGAUGUAACCUGGAGAAAGCUCUUCCUGAAGGCCAUGCCACGCACACAAGUUUCUUAUAGCUUUUCCUCACGCGUUCACCCUAACCCCAUGUGGGGAGCUGGCAUCAGUAACCCAGCUGGCAAAGGCCCAUCUGGGGGGGGACCCCAGGGACCUCUCUACCCACAGCCCCUCCUUCCCCAUCCCCCCAGACACCCCUUCCCAGGACAUGGAAACUAAGAAGGACACCAGACCUGCAGGUGGCUGCUGAGGGGUACCUGCUGAUAGACUCUCUGGGCAGAAGCCCUCCCACCCCGCCCCCCCAGAAGGGAGAAGCCCAAGGAAGAGGAGGAGGGACAGAGAAUAAAUAACCCCGACUAGGAGGCGCGAAGGAGGGGGCGGAGACAGAGAGGGCUGCCCUUCAGAGCAGGCUGCCAGACCGAGGGCCUCUGCUGCCAGAAGAGGACUGCAGAAGAAGCCGUGCCCUCAGUGCAGCUGA